AUGUCUAGUCUUCCAGUUGCGCCGCCGGCGAACUAUGCCGAUGUCCCAUACACGCAGAUUCGCGUCUCCCACGUCCCAGCAAGCUCUCCAACUCCCACUCCCGUCAUUCUCAUCACUCUCUACCGACCUGCAAAGUACAAUGCCUACACAGAGGUUAUGACACGGGAAAUGAACAAUGCCUUCGCCAUUCUUUCCGCAGAUGACCGUGUCAAGUCCAUCGUCGUGACCGGCCACGGCAAGAUGUUCUGUGCUGGCGCAGACCUUGACAUUGGCUUCGAAUUCGGCGAUGACACCGACAGGACGCACCGUGAUGGAGGUGGCAUCAUAUCCCUAUCCAUCUUCCGUUGCACGAAGCCCGUGAUUGCUGCUAUUAAUGGGUCGGCUGUUGGCGUUGGGAUCACCAUGACGCUCCCCAUGAGCAUCCGUAUUGUUAGCAACAAGGCCAAGAUUGGGUUCGUUUUCGCCCGUCGCGGCCUGGUCAUAGAAGCAGUCUCGGCUUUCUUCCUCCCACGUCUUCUCGGGUACAGCAAGGCUAUGCACGUUGUUACUACGGGCGACGUCUACCCGUCCACCUCGCCGUUGCUCGACGGCCUCUUUUCUGAGAUCGUGGACCCAGAGAGGGUCCUCCCGAGGGCUCUGGAGCUGGCUGAUGACAUCGCAAGGAACACCAGCACAGUCAGCACGCAGAUGAACAAGGAUCUGAUCUGGCGUGGACCUGAUUCGCCUGAGGAAGCUCAAUUGAUCACUUCCAGGGUUAUCCUGGACUUGUUCAAGAGCAAGGAUGGUGCGGAGGGUAUUAAGUCGUUCCUGGAGAAACGGCCGGCACAGUUUAAGGGGACAGUGCCGAAAGAUGCACCUUCGGUGUGGCCAUGGUGGAACCAGAUCGAUGCGGAUCCGCCUAAGAGUGACUGGCGCACGAAAUCCAAGAUCUGA